CACGGAAGUAAAAAAGUGUUAACGAAAAAGUUGCUUGCGGUGUAAAACUAAACAAAAGAUAUGCUUCGUUGUUUUGUGAAAGUACUAAUGUUUUUGGGAUAUUUUAAUCAAUUAUCAUAUGGAACAAUUCAGCUUUGGGAAAAUAUCGAUGGUUCCCCCGGAGGAACUCUGUAUUACAUAAUGAGAGGUUUUCCAAAUGAUUGCAUCGGUGAUACCAUUCGACAGACGAUUAAUGAUAUAAGUGAUGUAUUAAACUCUGGAAGCCCGAAUUGCAUAAAGUUUACAAAGAUAAACGAAUUUGGAUCUGCUCCUUUUUAUAUUACUUUUAAAUAUGCAGGAAGUUGUGUCAUGAACAUUCCCAGCCCUGGAAUCAGUGUAAACACAAUAGAUGUUUCAAUAAACAGUGAUUGUUUUGAUCAAAGGAAGCUAGUAUACAACCUAGCAAGAAUUCUUGGAUUACCAGACGAACACACUCGACCAGACAGGGACAAGUAUCUGACAAUACACUGGGAUAAUAUUAGCAAAGACACAUAUGCAUACCGGAGCAACCUCUACAACAAGUCAACCCCUGACUUUUGGGACAAUAUCCAUAAUAUGCCGUACGAUUAUACCUCUGUUACUCACGUUAGACCAUUCGAACACGCUCUAGAUAGCAGAAAGCCAACGGUGUCUACUAAAUACCCAGGGGUGUAUUUUGGUGACCAUAUGAACCUGAGUGUUAUUGAUGUCCAAAAAAUUAGAAAGCUUUAUCACUGUCAACAAAACGACGAGAGUCAAGAUUUUACCGAGUACCGCCCAGUCCAUUGUACGUUUGAUCUUCCUCUGUGUGGUUUGGUCAAUGACUGGACAUCAUCUGGUGACAAGUGGACAGAGAAAAAAGGACCGGUGUCUGACAGAGGCCCACAGACGGACCACUCUAACGGGGCUGGAAAGUACAUGUAUUUGAACGCUUCGGACACACUCCGAACAGCUUCCCUGGUCAGUGUCCAUGAGAUCUCCCCGGGCCCCGUGUGUGUGUCCCUGUACUACUACAUGGAUCACAACACUACUACCCUGACCAUCUCCCAGAAGGAGUCAACCAGUGGUCAAAUUACCACGAUCAAGGAAAUCGUCGGCAGCGAAGAGGUUUCGUCGUGGACCGAAGUCAUGUUUAACACUACGGUUACAACUCCAUGGCGGAUUAUGAUUGAAGGUAGCAGCGAGGAAGGUGAAAUCGCAAUUGAUGACGUCACAGUCCAGUAUGGCGACUGUCCUGUAUAUAAUAAAUGCGGGGGACAAUAAUGCUUCAUACCUCUAAUUGUUACCACUUUAAGAUUAGUCUUUUUUUUCUUUUGAGUUAUUUGUUGUGUAUUUUUUUUUCCUUAUUGGUAUCCUUCUAAUUUAUUCAUCUGCAGUUACUAAGAAAACAUACUGUAGUAAUUAAGGCUUUGCAAAAGCGCAAAUAAUGCAUAUUCUUCCUCUUUAUGUUAUCAAAACGGAUCUUUAAUAAAUAUUAUCAAAACUUUC